CAUUCCCGGAGGACGUAACCUGCGUACAUAUUUUCCAAUAAUUAUUGGUUCUGUUCCGAUGCUCCCAUCAUCCCAAAUCAGCGGUUAUCUUGCCAUCGAUAGCCAUGGCAGCAACCCACCUCUACUGGCUGUUCCUCGAUCUGCGUAUGUCACUCCAGACACGUCACCACCACAGUCUACUACCGCUUCUGAUCAAGGCACAAAUUAUGGUUCCAUCACGUCGGAUGCUCCUCCUACUGAUCAAGUCACAAAUGAUGAUCUCAUCACGUCAAGUUGUCCUGCUAUCAACUCGUGCAGCGAAGGUCAAGAAAGAGUCGUUUCUGUUUCUUCAGAUCGGCCACCCUAUGACAACGCAAGAGAAGACCAACCUCUACUGACUACAAGAGUGUGACUCACUAAUAUGCAGACUGCAUUAUAGUUGACUUAGCUUCUUUUGACGCUCUUAUUUUGAGAGCGUGUUUGCAAUAUCUGCUGUAUUUUCUAUGCGCUACAGACGCUCGGCAAUUAAUGGCAAAUCCGAUCUACACCAUCGACUGGUUAUAGUAGCCCAUUUAGCAGA